AUGGCUCCCAUCAGAUGGACUGCCGCGGCACGCCAGGUGUCGCGUGGUGCUGGCAGUUUCGCCUCAUGUCGGCGAAGACUGAACCCAGGUGUCCUGCACCAGGCCAGUCGGAGCUGUGGGGGUCAGCUCAGGGCGUUUGCGGCGACUCCAGGUGCAAACUUCGAGAAUCAGCUGAUGCCAGAGGACAUUCUGCAUCUACGUGCCCUGUCCAUGACCAUCAUGCAGGAUCCCAUCUGCGAGCUCAAAGCUGAAGAGGUGGAGCGCUACGUUCUUGACCUGAGUGAUCCCAUCGGCGAGUUGCCGCUCUGGCAUCCGCGAAGGCUCGCGCACCAGAUUGGCGAUCCGUUUCGAGUGCGGAAGUUGACGGUGGCUAGGUACCACAAGCUGAUCUUAGAGAGACUUGAUAACGAACCUCUGCUUGACGCCUUCGGCGUGGAUGCGGGCUUCAACAUGCAGUCCUACUUCAUGAUCCUGCACGCUUGGUUGAUCCACCAGCGCCUGGUACUGGAGGGCUCCAAGGCCAAAAAGAUUGACGAAGAGUUGUUCGAGCACUGCUGGAACAUGACAAGGUCCUGGCUGGUUCUGAAGCGUGUUCCAGAGUAUAGAUUCGAUGCCGAACUGCAGAAUGUCCAAGAGUACAUGCUUGGAGCCUGCAUUGCCAUGGAUAAGGCACUCGAGAGGCCAGAUGUGCUUCCAGCCCGAGUGCAACAGUGCCUGUGGGCCAACAUGUACUCUGGAUCUGUCAAUAAGGACCACAGGGGCCUGACGCGUCUGACAAAGUACAUGCUGCGACAGCUUGGCCUCAUGCUUCAGCUGGACUCUGACCGCUUCCUGAGCGGUCAAUUCGUUUGGGCAGACUUCCCAGUUCGCGACAAGCCACGGAAGCCUUUGGCGCUGCCGGAGUGGCGCGCAAGGUUCCGAGUUGAAAUCGAGGAGAACAUCGAGCACAUGGAUCCCACAAACCCCACGAAUCCGUUCCGUGACCGGGUUCUGAGCUCGCCAGAGCCGAAGGACAAGCUGGGCAAGUAG